AGAGGAAGGCUAUCUAUAACUUCUUAUUCUUAAAAAGAAAAAGAAAAAGCCAAAGAUCUCAAGAAAAAUUUGCACCAGGAUAAAUUAUUCUUGGAGAAACAGAUUAGGGGGAAAAUCUCCACUGAUCAUUGAACUAAAGUGGAAAUUGAAGUAAAAAAAAAAAAAAGGAAAAAAAACAAAACAAAAAAGAUUGAACCUGACCGUUGGCCGAGCAGGAAAGGGAAGAACCGAGGCGGCGGCGACUGACACCAUCAAUCUUUGGCUUGAACAGAAUUUGAAUUUUGAAUUUGGUUUAUAAGCCAAUCAAUCGAUCAGCCAGUCAAUUAAUCCACUUUCUCAGAAUCUCUAUUAUAUCUAUAAGAUUUGAAUGUUCUGCUGCAUCAGGAAGUGUCUGUCGAGCUCUAGAUCCUCUUCUGUCUCUCUCUGUUAAAGACAGAUGGGAGCUAUAUCUUGAUGAUUCCAGUUCCAUGAGAGAGGAAAAAUUAUGUGAAUCAACAGGGAGCAAUAUGCAUGGACAUGGGGAGAAACUAUCCAACUUGAAAUCUGAGCAGCCAAGUUAUUCCAAGAGAAAAAUUGGGUCCAAGCUACACACUUCCUUGCAGAUCAAUGAUGGUAGCAAAAUAUCUCACACCAAACAGCACAAACCAAAAUCAAAAUUUCAUCUGAAAACAGGUGAUUCAACCUUGUUAAAAGAAAAAGUUAGGAAAACUUCAAGCAAGGGGAACAGGACUGGCUUUGCAAAUGGGAGAUGUGUUAAUAAAAGAACUCUACCUAGAAAUACUGGUACAAAGUUUUCCCGAAAGCAGUCUACAUCAAAGUUUCAAGGAGAAAAUUCUUUAGGAAGCUUGAGGGGAAAUGGAGAAAACACCAAUGCAGAUUAUAAUACUCAAAAGUUAAAGAAAAGAAGAAAACAUAAUAGACAAAAGGAUAAUGUAGAGCUAGAUGAAGCUUCACGGCUGCAGAGACGAGCGAGGUACCUGUUAAUUAAAAUGAAGCUGGAGCAGAAUCUUAUUGAUGCUUACUCUGGGGAAGGUUGGAAGGGUCAAAGUCGAGAAAAAAUUAGGCCAGAAAAGGAACUACAAAGAGCCAAGAAGCAGAUAUUGAAGUGCAAACUUGGAAUUCGUGAUGCCAUUCACCAGCUGGAUUUGCUAAGCUCUGUAGGAUGCAUUGAAGACUCUGUGAUUGCACCAGAUGGAUCUGUUUAUCAUGAGCAUAUAUUCUGUGCGAAGUGCAAGUUGCGAGAAGCUUUUCCAGACAAUGACAUUAUACUAUGUGAUGGAACAUGCAAUUGUGCUUUCCACCAAAAAUGUCUUGAUCCUCCAUUAGAAACUGAAAAUAUUCCUCCAGGAGAUCAAGGCUGGUUGUGCAAAUUUUGUGAGUGCAAGAUGGAAAUACUGGAAGCAAUGAAUGCACAUCUUGGGACCCACUUCUCAGUGGACAGUAAUUGGCAGGACAUUUUCAAGGAAGAAGCUGCUUUUCCUGAUGGUGGAAGUGCACCGCUAAAACCUGAGGAGGAAUGGCCUUCCGAUGAUUCUGAAGAUGAUGAUUAUGAUCCUGCUAGGAAUGAAAAUAGCAGCAGCAGUAGCAGGGCAGGCACUGAAAGCAAUGCUUCAGAUGAUACAAGCAGUUUCAGCAGUUUAAGUUGGUCAUUAGAAGUUCUAUCAGGAUCUGGAAGGCUGGUGAAGAGACACAGAGACUCCAAAAUUGACUCUGUUGAUAUAGCAUUCAGUGGAGAUUCUGAUGAUACCACUGAUCAUGAAAUUAUUAAUGGUCGUCGGCAGCGAAGGAUAGUUGAUUAUAAGAAGCUGUAUGACGAAAUGUUUGGUAAGGAUGAUCUAGCAAGUGAACAACUUAGUGAAGAUGAGGACUGGGGUCCUGCUAGAAAAAGACGGAAAGAAAAGGAAUCCGAUGCUGCCAGCACCCUUAUGACUUUGUAUGAAAGUGAGAAUAGAAGUGCAGAAGUGGAAAAUGCUAAAGUAAAGAGUGAACUUCCUGACUGCUCACAUAUUAAAAAGCAUUUCUUCAGAAUUCCACCAAGUGCAGUUGAGAAACUUCGCCAUGUAUUUGCUGAAAAUGAACUUCCUUCUAGAGCUGUAAAGGAGAAACUUUCUAGGCAGUUGGGUCUUGAACUUGAGAAGGUCAACAAAUGGUUCAAGAAUGCACGUUAUAUGGCACUUAAAUCCAGAAAGGCAGAGGGAGUGAAACCACCUCACAGCCCUGGCCCUAGUAUUUUCAAGGAAUCCAUAUCAGAAAACAAUGCUAUUGAUCCAGUGGCAACAAUUAAUUCAUCAGCAACUUUGGCUCUCACACUGAAGAAUUUGAAAAAGAUUCGUCAGAGAAGAAACCGGAAAUCAUUUACCAGCCCAUCAAUUAAGAAGCUGCAUAAAGGAGUGUCACUUGGGUCGCCCACAAAUGGCAACAAGGUUGUUAUGGAAUUUAGUGACAAUGUGAGCUUGAAGAAGCAAUUGAAACGUUUAAAAGAAAAGAUAAAUAGGGAGAAGAAGGGUGUAAAGUUGAAGUCUGGAGGAGUUCAAGAAGCGGAGAGGGAGAUGGAGAGACUCUGCCAAAUGAAGAAUAAGCUAGAACAGCUAAAGCAGAUGCUCUUGGGACUUCAAAAUGACAAAACCAACAAAUCAAAUGAGCAUUCCGUGAUUUAUGUUCCUGUAGCGGAGCUGAGGGAGAGAGUUUAAUGUUUUGCAACUUACUACCAUUUUGUAUCUGUUUCUGCAUGUUGAAAAGGAGCAGAAAACACCAUUUUGGUGCAUGUAUAUUAAGUGUCGAUGUUCAGCUUUUUGCUCUGAAAAUCUUUGUGGUAGUCUUAAAUUGUCAUUAUGGAAAAGUUGUGUACUACAGUCUACAUGGGAAAGUCUUCCUAGGAAAAUGAUGAUUCUCUUUUGAUAUUCUGUAAAACAAUACUGUAAUUUUUUUUGCAGCAAUAUGAUGCGUUAGGAAAUAUAAUUCAACAUUUUUCCAUUA